ACUAAAAGCAGGAACUGUGUGUAUGAGAGAGAGAGACAGGGGGGGGGAAAGAGUGUGUGAGAGAGCGCCGCUAGAGUCAAACCUCAAGCGCUGAGCUCCAUUCACAAGGCUUAUGUGUAACGCCUUGUGUAAAUGUGGAUCAAAUAACGUUAUCCACUUAUUUCUUUUCGGACGCAUUCGAGUAUUUUACUGUUUAUUUUUUUUAAAUGUUCCCCGGAACGAGUGGAUCCUGGCAAGAUGGGUCUGCAGUUACCAGGCAGUGUGUUGAAGUGACCUGUACUCUCCCUCCACUGUAAACUCCUCCCCCUGGGGUUAAACCCCUCCUCCCAUCCAGCUGGGGAGCAGCAGUCAUGGCAGGUAUAAAGCGUGGCUAUGACGGCAAGAUUGCCGGACUGUAUGACCUGGACAAGACGUUGGGGCGCGGGCAUUUUGCUGUGGUAAAGUUGGCACGGCACGUCUUCACCGGUGAGAAAGUGGCAGUGAAAGUCAUCGACAAGACAAAGCUGGACACAGUUGCCACAGGACACCUUUUCCAGGAGGUGCGCUGCAUGAAGCUGGUGCAGCACCCUAACAUUGUGCGCCUCUACGAGGUCAUCGACACACAGACCAAGCUGUACUUGAUCCUGGAGCUGGGGGACGGAGGUGACAUGUUCGACUACAUCAUGAAGCAUGAGGAGGGGCUCAACGAGGAACUGGCAAAGAAGUACUUUGCCCAGAUUGUCCACGCUAUCUCUUAUUGCCACCGGCUGCAUGUAGUGCACCGCGAUUUGAAGCCUGAAAAUGUAGUUUUCUUCGAGAAGCAGGGCCUCGUUAAGCUGACUGACUUUGGCUUUAGUAAUAAAUUUCAGCCUGGGAAGAAGCUGACCACCAGCUGUGGAUCUUUGGCCUACUCUGCUCCGGAGAUCCUGCUGGGGGAUGAGUACGACGCACCUGCAGUCGAUAUCUGGAGUCUAGGAGUGAUCCUCUUCAUGCUGGUAUGUGGACAACCUCCUUUCCAGGAAGCCAACGACAGUGAAACCCUCACCAUGAUCAUGGACUGUAAAUACACCGUACCUAUCCACGUCUCCAAUGCCUGCAAAGAUCUGAUAAAUCGGAUGCUGCAGAGGGACCCCAAGCGCCGUGCGUCGCUGGAGGAGAUUGAGAGCCAUGCGUGGCUGCAGGGAGUGGAUCCGUCUCCAGCCACCAAGUUCAGCACACCUCUGGUGUCCCACAAGAACCUUUCUGAGGAAGAACACAACUCCAUCAUCCAGCGCAUGGUGCUCGGAGACAUUGCAGAUCGAGAAGCCAUCAUUGAAGCCCUAGAAACGAACAAGUACAACCACAUCACAGCUACCUACUUCCUGCUGGCAGAGCGGAUCCUACGGGAGAAGCAGGAGAAGGAGGUGCAGCCCCGAUCCUCCAGCCCCAGCAACAUCAAAGCCCAGUUCAGGCAGUCUUGGCCGACUAAAAAUGACAUGCACCAGGACAUCGAGGACAGCCUGGCGGCUUCCUCCAUCUCGCACGCAGGGGGGCCACAGUCUCCAGCUCGGAGCGCUGAGAACCUGCUAAAUGGUCACCGUAACAAAGGGUUGCUGGAUCUGGGCCGCCGGGAGGAGAUCAGCGAGGCCUGUAGCACUGCUGUUUAUCCUGGACAGAUUACUUGUCUCACCCAAAGCCCCCUCAAACCCAGCGCCACAGCUCCUCCUGCCUUGGCCUCGGCCAAGCAGCGAACAUGCCUUUUCCGUGUAGAGGAGGAUGAGGAGGAAGAGGAGGAGCAGGAGCCGUCACCACUCCCCAUGCAGGUGAUCCUACGCCGCAAGCCGCCAUCUGUCACUAACCGGCUUACAUCACGCAAGAGUGCACCAGUGCUCAACCAGAUAUAUGAAGAGGAAGGCGAGUCCGAUGACGACGACUUCAAUAUGGACGAAAGUCUGCCACCCAAACUGAGCCGGCUCAAGAUGAACAUCCCGUCGCCCGGUACAGCGCCGAAGCGCUACACCCGACGCAAGAGCCAGGGCCGUGGCUCCAGCUGCUCCAGCUCGGAGACCAGUGACGACGACUCGGAGAGCCACCGCCGUCGCCUUGACAAAGAGUCAGGCUUCACAUACAACCGGCACCGUAGGGACAGUAGUGAGGGCCCACCAGGUAAUUCAGGGGGCAACGGAGGGGGUGGCAGCAGCGGUGGACAGAGCAAACCUCCAGGAGAGGGUAACUCGGGACCCGACAGGGGCAGCAGUAAUGGCGGAAAUGGUGGAAGUGGAAGCACAGGAGAGGGAGGGGGCUCUAAAGGACAGGGAAGCCCCUCAAGCUGCUCCAGCGGCAGUAGCAACCCUGCUUCAGGCUCCACACGCACUGCAGCCCGGAGCACAGGAGAACUGAUGGAGAGCCUGAAGCUCAUGAGUCUCUGUUUAAACGCCCAGUUGCAGCAUCGCCGAUCGGGAGGAGGAGGACGCUUCAUCAUGGAUCCACAGAGUCUCUCCAGUGUAAGAGUGCAGGAAAAGUCCUCAUGGAAGAUGUGCAUUGGUUCAACCAGCAGCCUUGAAAAGACUCUAAAUGUGGGCGGUAGGUUAAUGGACCGCUACCCGGACCAAACUGCAGCCAUGCUGAAUGAACUGGCCCUGGCCAAGGGGAACAACCUGAACUUGAAAGCCAACAUGCUUCAGCUACCUCUGUGUGAGAAAACAAUCUCCGUAAACAUCCAGAGGAGCCCCAGGGACGGGCUGCUUUGUACAUCGGCCCAGGCCAGCUGCUGCCAGGUCAUAUGAUGGUGGAUCACAUGACCAGACCUCAUAGCCAGUUUGCUCCUAUCGCUGCAUUUGUAGCAUAAUAACGAUUUGAAAACUCCCGUAGCUUUGUGUGAUCUUUCCCAACCUUCUGUCGUCUUAAUCAUUCUUACACCUUAUUUAUUUUCCUUGGACCUGUUGGGUUCUGAGUUGCACACUGCUAGCUUGUUUUCUGCCUCUUUGUGAGGUUGUCCUUUUUUAGUCCUCCUUACUGUUUUACAUUUGCUUUCCAUCCCAUAGGUGAUGUAUUUUUGUUUCCACCAGCCCUUUUCUUUGCAUCCUCUUCUUUUGCCUUUUUUUUUUUUUAAAUCUCCUGAACUGAUAAGCUCUUAAGAUGGUUUACAUGGUUUGGUUUUGGCCAGUCAGUCAAACAGAACUGUAGAUUUUUUUAUUUCAUGAUAAAAUGGAUAUUUAAUAAAGAUAAAUAAAUAUAUAUAUGACCAAAAGCAUGGCAGAGUAGCAACUGGUAGGUCGUAUGAGCACUUAUGUCUAAAGUUAUAAAGUGCUGCAGUUACAAUCAGAGCUCAAACAUCAUAGCAAGAAAUAAAAAAAACAGCUAAUUUGAGAGAAACUAGUAUUGUUUGGAUUAAUGGCCAUUUCUAUGUCUUAAACUAACUGACCAAUUUAUAAUUCCACAGAAAAUCAGUUCUUGAUUGAAUUACAUAUUUAAGUUUCUAAUGGUGGUUUAAUGAAGCGCACAUAUUGAACUACCUUUAGCAGAUUAAAAAAAAUAUAUUUCUAUCAACAUUUAAAAUAUUCUGUGUUCUUAAAAAUACUGUUAAACAUUCACAUUUCCCCAAGACAAACAGGACAUUAUUGUCAGCAAAUUCACUUAUUUUUCUUCAGAGAAUUAAUUGAGCAUCCAUGUACCAAUUUAGAUUUUCAUUUAAAUAUGUGAACAAAAUGUACUUUUCAGAUAAAUAAGCCCCAUGUUUCCAACCUAGCCUCAAGGUUUGCAUACAGUAAUUGAAGAAAACAAAUCUGUCAAAUCAGCAGCCAUUUUUAAUCCAACCUGCCAAUAUCCAGAUAAUGUAGAGAGUCCUGUUAGGGCAGCAGUACAUGAUGAACAGGAAUAAUAAUGCAGACUAUAGAUUGCUGGAGCUUUGCCGCAUCCACCGUAUUAAUAAUGCAAAUCAUUAACAUAACGAACGAUAUUCCACAGUUUGGCCAUGUUCUCUGGUGGUUUAUUUCUGUUAAUAGGUUAAGACAUGAAUAAUAUCAUCAUCUUCACACUAGGAAAUGAAUUCCUAUAUACUGCUGAACUCCAGAUCCCAAUCCAACUGUUCUGACCUCACUCACCUUUGUUUGUAGUCCGUAAACACUUCAGUUACUGUAACUACCAGUCUUCAAAUAAGACUGGCCUCAGAUGCCUAUAGGGUAUGUAAAUAAGUUUUUAAAACUUGUUUUUAUUUUUUGUUUUGUUUUUUUCUGAAAGGACUGCUGUUUUAACAUGCUGUGUUGAAUGCAGGCAUUGGGCUGGCGUUGGAGUUAAAGCCACGCUGAUUUAUCACCUGGCUCUAAAUCCCACGUACAGCUGAAAACAUAAUGAGAUAUAUGACCACUCAUUCAGGCAAUAGAUAAUAAAGGAAACUGCUUCAGAAAGACCAUCUAUGACCUGGUGUAAAAAGCUGUAUAGAGUCCAGGCUGAAGCAGAGAGAGCAGUAGAGUCUGAGAUAUUUUAAGGGCAUUGGCAAUAAGCUAUAAGUUGCAGCUAUCUGUAAAUAUACUUUUUUGUUUGUUUGUUUGUUUUUAUAAUAUGUACAGCCGUAGAAUGGCUCACUUGACCGAAAAAAGAGAAUUAUCUUGAGUAUUUUUGUUUUUCUUUUUAAACAAUAAGGUCUGUAAAUAAAGAUGUAAAUACCGUGCACACUCUGUAAAACCGCAGCAUCAGCCAUCUGGUUCAUAGCUGUAAUAUAGCUUUACUAGUCGUGAGUGUCUCCAGUAAAUUUAGCAAUGUUGAAAAAGAAAACAGUGCUAUGUUCAUAAUGUUGGUCUCAGACUUUGUCCUGCGCUGAUGUAAAACAGGUAAAAUGAUAAUGUGCAUGUGUUGAAUGUUCAACAUAAUUGAUCCAUGGACAUCGAAAGGAAAAGAACUGCCAUAAAAUGUUACUGGACCAAAAUUGUGUACUGACUUCUAAAGAAAAACAACAGUAAAGAAGCAAAAGGAUUAAAUGUUCUGUUGUUGAAACUUGUCCUCACAACUUAUAUAUAGUUAUGGUAAUGUCCAAAAAUUAAAUGUUGUGGAAAAUGUCUUUAAA